AUGUUUCCCAAGGUCACUCUCCUCUCCCUCGCUCUCGCUGCUGUUGUCUACGGCCAACAAGUUGGGACUCUAACAGCUGAGAAUCAUCCCCAACUCCAAGUUCAGCAAUGUACAUCAGGUGGCAGCUGUACAACUCAGUCUAGGUCGAUUACACUCGAUUCCAACUGGCGUUGGACACAUGAGGUUUCGAGUUCCACCAACUGCUACACCGGCAAUGAGUGGGACACGUCUAUCUGCCCCGAUCCCACGACCUGUGCAACCAACUGCGCUUUGGACGGUGCCGAUUACUCUGGCACGUAUGGUAUUACGACCAGUGGUAACGCGCUUACCUUGAAGUUCGUCACCCACGGACCGUACUCUACCAAUAUUGGCUCCCGCGUGUACUUGCUUGACUCCAGCGGCAGCAAGUACCAACUCUUCAACUUGAAGAACCAGGAAUUCACUUUCGACGUCGACAUGUCGAACCUCCCUUGCGGUCUCAACGGUGCUUUGUACUUCAUCCAGAUGGACGCCGAUGGUGGAAUGGCCAGGUUUCCUACCAACAAGGCUGGUGCCAAGUACGGGACUGGCUAUUGCGAUACGCAGUGUCCGCAAGACAUCAAGUUCAUCAACGGACAGGCCAAUGUUCUGAACUGGGUGCCUUCUGAUACCGACGUUAAUGCUGGGACAGGUGAAUACGGCACUUGCUGCAGUGAGAUGGAUAUCUGGGAAGCCAACUCUCAAGCCGCUGCCGUCACUCCUCACGUCUGCUCGGGGAUUACUGGUCAGACGAGGUGCUCGGGCACCCAGUGUGGAGAUGGUGAUGAGAGGUACGACGGAUUUUGUGACAAGGAUGGUUGCGACUUCAACUCGUGGCGUAUGGGCGAUCAGACAUUUCUUGGUCCCGGCAAGACCGUCAACACCAACUCCAAAUUCACCGUCGUCACCCAGUUCCUCACUUCCGACAACACCACCACCGGCACCCUCCACGAAAUUCGCCGUCUCUAUGUCCAGAACGGCAAAGUCAUCCAGAAUUCUAAGACCACCUUCCCCGGCAUCAGCGCGUAUGACUCUAUUACCGACAACUUCUGUAACGACCAGAAGGCGCUCUUCGGUGACACCAACUCUUUCGAAUCCAAGGGUGGACUUGCCGCUAUGGGCUCGGCAUUCGAGGCGGGCAUGGCUUUAGUCAUGAGUAUUUGGGAUGAUCACGCGGUCAACAUGCUCUGGCUUGACAGUGACUACCCCACCGACGCUCCUGCUUCCCAACCCGGUAUCUCUCGUGGACCAUGCGCUACGACUUCCGGACAGCCCUCCGUUGUCGAGUCGCAGUCUGGCGAUGCAUAUGUCACAUACUCCAAUAUCAAGUUCGGCCCCAUUGGCUCUACUUACGCGCAUUAA